GCGAAGCCAACUCAGACACUGAAGCGGCCUGCAACUGGGAAGCGAGCUGCACACAUUUCCAAGGCGACACGAUUCGGGUUUCAACAUGUCCUCAUUCUGUGGCCAACUUUUCGGAGGCGGUGGUGGAACGUGGCUUGGAAAGUGACAUGAAAGUGUCACGAGGCAUGGACAUUCAACUGAAGGUCGACUUUGACCGGCAGGUCCUGGCUGGAGUAUGCCAGCUUUCAGUGCGAGUCAUCGCAAAGAACGCAGCCCACAUCAUCCUUGAUGGUUUGGUGAAGUUUAGAUUUGUCUUGUAUCACGAGGCAAUUGAAAGUGUGGUUGGUGAAGAUGGACAGCCAGCAGUUUGGAAGAUCGAGGAUCCAUCAUGGCCUAAGUCGCAGUUCGGCCAAGCUUUAUGCAUUGAGUUGCCGCAGCUGCCGCGCGGAAAGAAAGUCACCACGUUUUCUGUGAAAUAUGAGACGACAGAGAAGAGCACAGCCCUACAAUGGCUGACAAAGGAGCAGACUCAGGGCAAGGAAUAUCCAUUGUGCUUCACGCAAAGCCAAGCGAUUUGUGGAAGGUCUCUUCUACCGUGUCAAGAUACACCAUCAGUGAAGAGCCCAUUUUCGAUAUCUGUGACGGUGCCCGCACCACUCACAGCAGUUGCAUCGGGCAACCUUUGUGGCGAUCCAGUGUCCGAGGGCGCAUUCCGCACUUUUGUAUAUGAGCAGAAAGUGCCUGUCAUGUCCUAUUUGAUUGCAAUUGUGGUGGCUUACUUGGACUCCUGUGACAUUGGCCCCAGAAGCAAGUGCUAUGCAGAACCAGGUGUUAUCAAGGCAGCGCAGAGGGAAUUCCAGGACAUUGUCGAGGAAUUUCUAGUUACUGCUCAGGAAGUAGUGGGUGGAGCAGAGUAUGAAUGGGGCAGCUACAACGUUGCUGUCAUGCCGUCAUCAUUUGCAUAUGGAGGAAUGGAGAAUCCAAACUGCACUUUCAUGAGUGCUUCGUUGAUUCCAGGGGACCGUAGCCUGACGCCGACGCUGGCGCAUGAGAUUGUGCACUCCUGGAUUGGGAACCUUGUCACCAAUGCACUGUGGAAGGACUUCUGGCUGAAUGAAGGUUUCACACGCUACAUUGAGAGACGAAUUCUGAGCAAGAUCUAUGGACCUGCGUUCCGAGGGCUGCUGCUUUUGGUCGGAUACAAUGAUUUGAUCAAGACAGUGGACAUGCUCACCAAGCAGGGCACUCCCGGCCAUACCAGGCUCGAACCAGAGAUCGACGACGUGGAUCCGGAUGAUGCUUUUUCCAGGGUGCCAUACGAAAAAGGAUCACUUUUCCUCUUCUACCUGGAGCAAAUAGUGGGUGGCGAGCAAGCUAUGACUGAUUGGCUUCGUGCGUAUGUCGCAUCUUUUCGAGAGCGCAGCAUCCAAACUUCAGAUGUCAAGCGACACUUCCUUGAAUUCUUCAAAGGUGUGAAGCGCGUGAAAGAAAUUGAUUGGGAGCAUUGGCUUCAUGGUGAAGGUUUGCCAGACUUCAACCUAGCAGACUAUGUGGAUAGAUCACUUGUUGAUGAAAGCAAGUCUUUGGCCGAGAGCUGGCUGAACACCUCAACAUCAGAGGCUGAGACUUCGCACAUGAAAGCCCAGCAAUGGAUGUUGUUUUUGGAUCAUUUGAUCAAUGCAGUGGUAGCUGGCCAGUCCAUUUCCCAUAGCACACUGGAGAACAUGGAUAGCAAGUACAAGAUUUCAGCCACAUCCAACGUUGAGGUGUCUUUCAGGUGGUGCCUGCUAGGAUGCAAGCUCUCCUGGCCGGGGUGUUUGGCAUUGACCGAACAUUUCCUGGCAAACCAUGGUCGUGGAGUAUACGUUAAGCCACUGUAUUUGGCGUUCAAAGCCUUUGAUCUUGAGCGUGCACGUACAGUGUUCCAGCGCAACCGCAACUUCUACAUGACGGUGGUGACGCGGCAAAUCGCAGCAUUCCUGGACUAA